CACUGCGCGCUCGCCCUGGUCCAGUCUCAGCUCGCUGCUGCACCUCUGUGCUGUCGCGGACCUUCCCGCCACUGUCCCCGCCGCUGUCCCCGUGCUGUCCCCGCGCGCCCGGCCCCGCCAUGCUCCUGCUGCUGGCCCUGUGCUUGGGGCUGCCGUUAUGCGCAGGGUCCCCUCAAGAAGCACGGAGCUGGGGUGGGACCUCCCAGCAAGUGGGAGCCCGUGAUCCCAGGCAAGUCCGGCUCCUGCAGAGGCUGAAAGCCAAACCCUUGAUGACGGAGUACUUGGUGAAGUCGACCGUUAUUUCCCGUUAUGCCUUCACCACGGUGUCCUGCAAGGUGUUGAACAGGGUGUCUGAGGACCAGGAGAUGGAGUUUCAGAUGCAGAUCCCAGCCACGGCGUUCAUCACCAACUUCACUAUGUUCCUUGGAGACAAGAUCUAUCAGGGAGAAAUUACAGAGAAAGAUAAAAGAAAUGACAGUAAGGUGAAAGAGAAAAGGAACAAAACCACAGAAGACAAUGGGGAGAAGGGCUCUGAGGUGUUCAGGGCCACCGUUGUGAUCCCCAGCAAGGACAAGGCUGAGUUCUUGCUCAGCUACGAGGAGCUGCUGCAGAGGCGUCUGGGAAAGUAUGAGCAUGUGGUCAGCGUGAGGCCCCAGCAGCUGGUGGGGAGGCUGAUAGUGGAAGUGAAUGUUCUGGAAAGAUCGGGGAUCUCAUCUCUGGAUGUGUCAGGGCUGAGGAGCACCCGGCAGCAGGGAAGCAAGCAAGGAGGAGAGGACUCUGCACUGCCUCCUGCCACUUCGAUCAACCAAAAUGAAACUUUCGCCAAGGUCGUGUUUAAGCCUACUGUGGUCCAGCAGGCCAAGAUCGCCCAGAAUGGCCUGUUGGGAGACCUUAUCAUUCGAUAUGAUGUCCACAGGGACCAGAACGUUGGGGACAUCCAGAUUCUUGACGGCUAUUUCGUGCACUACUUCGCCCCCAAAGACCUUCCACCCCUCCCCAAGAACGUGGUGUUUGUGCUGGAUAGCAGUGCCUCCAUGGUGGGGACCAAGCUCCGGCAGACCAAGGAUGCCCUCUUCACCAUCCUGCACGACCUGCGGCCUCAGGACCACUUUAGCAUCAUUGGCUUUUCCAGCCGGAUCAAAGUGUGGCAGGACCAGCUGGUGCCAGUCACCCCCGACAGCAUCCGAGAUGCCAAGGUCUACAUCCACCACAUGUCGCCCACGGGAGGCACCGACAUCCACGGCGCCCUGCAGAGGGCCAUCCGGCUGCUCAGGGACUACGUGGCCCACAGGGACAUUGGGGACCGCAGCGUGUCGCUGGUGGUCUUCCUGACUGACGGCAAGCCCACGGUGGGGGAGACACACACACCCACCAUCCUGCGACUGGCCAGGGAGGCAGCGGGCGGCCAGGUCUGCAUCUUCACCAUCGGCAUAGGCGGCGACGUGGACUUCCGGCUGCUGGAGCAGCUGGCGAUGCACAACUGUGGUCUCACACGGCGUGUGCAGGAGGCGGAGGAUGCGGGCUCGCAGCUCAUCGGGUUCUAUGAUGAGAUCAGGACCCCUCUCCUCUCUGACAUCCGCAUCGAUUACCCACCAGGCAUGGUGGAGCGUGUCACCCAAACCCUGUUCCCCAACUACUUCAAUGGCUCAGAGAUUGUCAUCGCAGGGAAGCUAGCCAACAGGGCAAUGGACCAGCUGCCUGUGGAGGUCACAGCCAGCAACAGCAACAAGUUUGUUGUCCUGAAGACAGAUGUGCCGGUGGAGUCCGAGAAGAAGGGUUUUGCCAGCUCCAGGGGGAACAUCCUGGGGGACCCCAACCCCAUGGAGCGGCUCUGGAGCUACCUGACGGUGAAGGAGCUGCAGAAUGCCUGGCUCCAGAGCAAGGAGGAGGGGGACCGUGAGCGGCUGCGGCAGGAGGUUGGGGCGCUGGCCUCCAAAGCCCACUUCCUCACCCCCUUCACUUCCAUGAAGCUCAGGGAGGUGGCCACCCCGAGAACUGAGCCUCCAGAGGGUACCUCUGCCGUCUCUGGGCCUGAGACUGUGAUGCAGAGUCUUCGGGGAGCCAGCCUACAGCCAGGACCUGCCCCCAAGAAUCCACACAGCCUGAGGAUUAAACUCUCCAAGACAUCAGCUGAUGGAGACCCCCAUUUCGUGGUGGAUUUUCCCCAAAGCAAGCUCACCCUCUGCUUUAACAUCGACGGCCAGCCUGGUGACAUCCUGAGGCUAGUCUCUGAUCACAUGCACUCUGGUGUGACUGUGAAUGGAGAGCUAAUUGGGGCGCCCGCUCCUCCAAAUGGUCACAAGAAGCAGCGCACAUAUUUCCGCACCAUCACCAUCCUGGUUAACAAGCCCGAGCGCUCCUACCUGGAGGUCACCCCCCGCCGGGUCAUCCUGGAUGGUGGGGACCGGCUGGUUCUGCCCUGUAACCAGAGUGCGGCAGUGGGGAGCCGUGGGCUGGAGGUGUCAGUGUCGGCCAAUGCCAAUGUCACCGUCACCAUCCAGGGCACUGUGACCUUUGUCAUCCUGGUCCAUCUGUACAAGAGGCCAGCGCCCUACCAGCGAGACCACCUGGGUUUCUACAUUGCCGAUGGCCGAGGCCUGUCCCGCCACUGCCAUGGCCUCCUAGGCCAGUUCCUGAACCAGAAUGCCACGCUUACUGAGGAGCCUACUCGGGGUAGCCAGAACCCUCCAGACCAUCCACUUUCUGGGGCCAGCAAUCAAUCAGAGGCCAUCCUGCAGGUGAGAGGGCACCAGGCCCCCGUGUUCUGGAAGCAGAGGAGAAUCUACAAUGGGGAGGAGGAGAUCGACUGCUGGUUUUCCCGUGAUGCAUCCCGGCUGCUGGAUGGGGGAUACAGAGACUACUUGGCCUCCCACCCCUUUGACUCUGAGGCUGCCUUUGGCCUGGCACCGGCUGGGACACAUGGACACUAGGGUGCUUCUUGCGCUUGGGUGCAUACAGGUAUGGGGGGUGGCUGCAGUCAUGGGGACACAUCGGGCCUCCUCCCUGGUCACACACCCCCAUGACCUCUAGGUCUCCCCUAUGUUGGGGCAGUGCUAAGGGUCAGGAGAUGAAGGGGAUGUGCUCUCCCUCCCACCCUCUCCUCCUGCUUCUGUGUCUGCUUCCACAGUGAAGCAGGUGGUACCCAGGAAAAGGUCAGAGUUCACAGCAAGUCUUGGCCUUGUGCCCACUAGCUUGUCUGUCCCUUAGCACCCCAGGAAGAAACUGCAUGAAGAAGGUGGUUUGUUUCCUUGGGGGAGGCCCUGCCAUCCUCCCUGCCUCCCACCUUCUCCUGCAGCCUAGCAGCCUGCCCCUACUGCCACUAGGGCUUUCCAGAUGUGCCCCAACUUCUGCAUGGGGCCCUGUCUCCCAAAUCCUGGGUGGAUUCUUGCACAUGGCAUGUGGCUUUGCAGACCAUCCCUUCCCUUCCUAGGUGAUGAGAAUCUUCUGCAGGGUAUCAUGGCUGGGAAGUUAGUUUGCAUUUUUUUGAAGGAAAAAAAAAAGUAAAACUUUAUUAAAAAGAAAAAAAAUUGGCCAGUGAGGGAAAGAGGUUAUCUCUCAAAUCAUCCUCACAAUGGGGGCAGGGAACAGAGGUUAAUUACUUAAAUCAUUUUUAAUGUUACUUCCCUUUCCCUCCUUGUCCUAAUUAUAUAGUGCUUCUCUUCUCUA